AUGCCCAAACUCAACCAUGUCGUCAUCGCGGGCGCUGGCCCCUCUGGUCUAUUGCUGGGCAUCCUGCUCGCAAAGAACCUCGGCAUCAAGGUCACCAUACUGGAUGCUGAUACCAAGGUCAACGACAAUCCUCGAGCCGCCCACUAUGCGCCUUCCGCAGUAUACGACUUCCACCGCGCUGGCAUCAUUAAUGAUGUGCGUGAAAAAGGAUUUUCGCCCAAAGGUGUGUGCUGGCGCCUGAAAGACACGACGUUCUUGGGGGGUAUGGGCCGAGAGCCAGAAGACUCGGAACACUCCAUGGUUGUCCUACCAUUAGACCAGCUCAACCCGCUGCUUGUCAAGCAUUUCGAGAGUUACUCUGGCAACAAAAUCCUGUGGACACACAGGUUGGUGGGUGUAGAACAAGACGAGAACGGCGCAACGGCAUUAGUGGAGACGGCCCAAGGGGAGAAGAAGAGGAUAUCUGGUGACUACCUGGUCGGUGCGGACGGUGCUUCGAGUGGUGUUCGCACUGCAUUGUUUGGCAAGGAGUAUCCUGGAGAGACGCUGCCACAACAAAUCAUUGCCACCAAUGUCUACCUUCCCUUUGACGAGCGAUUUGGGUUCUGGGACUCGAACUUCAUAGUCCAUCCAACAGACUGGUAUAUGGCUGCCAAGAUCACAAAAGACGGGCUCUGGCGAGUGACUUACGGUGACUGGGACAAUCUCUCCAAAGAAGAACUCAUCAAGCGCCAGCCACUCCGCUUCGAGCAGAUUCUUCCCGGAAAUCCGAAGCCAAACGAAUACAAGCUCAUCAGUAUGAGCCCUUACAAGCUCCAACAGAGGUGUGCCCCUAGCUUUAGAGUCGGAAAGAUUGUACUGGUAGCUGAUGCGGCGCAUCUUUGUAACCCAUUCGGCGGCAUGGGCUUGACCGGUGGCUUUGCCGAUGUCGGCUCCCUUUAUGAUUGCUUCAUGGGCAUACACCUCGACGAGCUGGACGAGUCUAUCCUGGACCUCUACUCGGAGAUUCGCACCAAAAUUUGGCGCGAGAUGAUUGAUCCACUGUCACGUGAAAAUUUCCACCGUCUUUGGGACCCCGCGCACGAAGAGAAACGAAAGGAGUUCUUCAAAAUAUGCGACAAGGUAAACAACGACCCGGUGUGGGGCAAGUCUGUUACCGAUGGCCUUUACCAAGUUAGGCAUGACUUUACGCAAUAUUUUAAGAGCAAGCAGAAACAAGAAGGGAAGGGUAUGGAUAAUCUAAGAACGGGUAAUGGGGUGUUGGCCCAGAACAGUGCAGCUGCGUAGCGAAUUGAGAUGUGCUAGAGAGUACUCGUACUGCUUUUUUUCCAUCCAAGUAUCCACUCUUGGUCAAUUUCAUGUUUCAAAUCAUCCCAUUUAUUUGCCGGCCGACUUGAGCGCCGACUCCCAAGCCUG